CACUGCUGACUGGACGCUUCUCUGUGGACACGGUUAAAAACAAACCACAGAAGCAGGACUCCCUCCUCCAGCCCUGGCGUUCCUAUAUAUAAGGACGUGACUCUACUCUCAAGCACCAGAGUGUUUGUGGCUGACAGGCAACAGGAGCUUGGAAUCCAAAAGUAUGAGACUCUUCGUAUUAACGUACUUACUUGCAGGCUGCCUGGCUCAGAAGCCUCACCCAUGCGAAUAUCCUGCUCUUAUGAGUGGAGCCCUCACUGUGUCCACACAGAAUGAAAAGCUGUGGAUGUACGCCAAAUACUUGUACGAUGCUAUGGGACAACGCAUCCGCUUGAUGGAGAUUGGAAAUUACGAGAAUAAGACAUUCACGUAUGACGUUCUGAUGCUCUUCAGAGAGGCUGUCAUGUACGAGAUUAACGACCAUGACCGCACAUGCAAGAAGAGUCCGUUCAAGUUCGACUUUCAACCUACGGGAAUCCCAAAAGACGCAACUCUGCUGGGUCAGGCUGUUGUGGGCAGUUCGUCUGGACCUGGACAAGGACUCCUGGUUAACACUUGGACAGGAGAAUUGCCUGAAAAAGCAGGAAAAUACAUAAGUACAGUCACUGAAUUCGGAUGCAUCCCUGUCAGCUUUUCGUACAAAACUGACCAGUAUGGAUGGAAGGUGCUAAGCUACUUCAACAACGUCAUUGGGAUUGAAGACCCCAGUCACCUCAACCCUCCAGACUUCUGCCAGGACGCAGAGAUGAACAGUGAAGAGGAGCCGGCAGACUUUCUCAGCGUGUUCCAUAAAAUGCACUGAGGGCGUACUUUCACUAAUGAUUUGAAAUAAAACAAGUUGAGCCACUGAAUCACAGCUUUGCUAUGUGAUAUUCAUCACACUUACUACAGCUAAAACCAUGUCAUUCUAUGGAUCUUGAUCUUUUUUUCAGUUUUCUUUUCUUUCUACAUUUUCUGUCUUGAACUUAAAGGCACACUUAUGAAUAUUGACAACAGAUCAUAUUUCCCAAACAAAGCUUUAAAAAGUGUUUACACUCAGAUCAUAACCAAUUAUUAAAAAUAAAUACAAUCUAAA